UGCAGCCUCCAACAUCCAACUCCAAAGCAAAGUUAUACUACAGUGCAGUUGAUAGUCAAAGUCGAGUGGUAGAGUCACCAUCACCAGUUAGCCGGAUAAAAUUUUUAGUGACCAGCGACCGCAGUAAAAAAUGCGUUGGCCACUAGUGUUUAUACUGUUGUCAUUUAUUGUUGCUGCAACAAUCGCCGCCGAUGAUAAAAUUGACAACGAGAUUGAUGUCGAUGAAGAUGAACCUCUCUAUAAAAAAUCUGAAGAUCAAGAACAAGUUGAGGAAGAAAUCACUGGAGAUAAUGAUGAUGUUGAUUUAAAAUCUAAAGAUGGUAAUAUCAAUCACGAGGGGCAUAAUUUCGAUGAUGACCAAGAAGACGAUGAACGUGAUGCUGUGAUCGUUGAAGCUGAGUGGAAGGCUGCUGAAACUAAUGAUGAUUUUAGAGGAAUUAAACUGGAAGAAGCCUAUGAGCGUGCUGUGCAAAGUUAUCUGGAUGAUAAUUUUGAAAAAUGUAUUGUGGAAUUUAAUCUUGUUAUUCAAAGAUAUAAAGAGUACAAAAACGCGGUAAUUAAUUGCCGGAAAAAAUGCCGAGAUAGUGUAUCAUACUUCACACCGAUAUUUUUUGAGAAUAUUGAAGAUUUAAAUUUUUACGAAAAAAAAGUCAGAGAAACGCUCUGUCUUUUGAGAUGCAAUCAGGAUUAUCGGGAUGUAGCAGGAAGUCAGGCGCUCAAACGCUUGCCGUCGAGUAUUGAGCAGAAGAUAAUUGACUUGAAGCCAUAUGAGUAUCUUCAUAUUUGUUACUAUCAGAGAAGCCGCUACCAAGAAGCAGCGAACGCAGUUUUUACGUAUCUAGCUCAGCAUGCAGAUCAUAAAAUGAGUAUAGACAAUCUUCGGUAUUAUUUAUCGCUUCCUGAAGUUAAAGAAACUGAAGUUUCAAAUCUCGAAGCUGCAGAGUUUAUAAAAUUUUACGUCGAAGGAGUGAAAGCUUAUGAGGAAGAAUACUUUGAAGAAGCGAUAGAAAAUCUUGAAAAAUCUCUAAGAUUUUAUUUGAAGGCCGAAGAAGAUUGCAGGUUUUAUUGCGAAGGACCUUUUGACCAAGGAUGGCAUCCUGAGUUUACUUCUUCGAUUGCUAAUCAUUUUACAUAUUGCUUAAAAUGCAAGCGUGGGUGUUCGAGAUUUUUAAACAGGAUAAAUGGAGAUUAUCAAAAAGAUUUACUAGCAAGUCACUAUAACUACUUGCAAUUCGCCUAUUACAAAACUGGCAACAUUCAAAAAACUUGCCAAGCGGUAGAAAGUUAUUUAUUAUUCUUCCCAGCAGAUGAAACUAUGAAUUACAACAAGGAAUAUUACAAAAAUUUGCCUAAAGUUCAAGAAGAAUAUUUUAAAUCACGUCCAGAAGCUUUUGAGUAUGUUAAGCGCCAAGAAUAUGAAUUAAGAAUUCUUUCAUUUAUCUCUCAAGAAUUUUCAGCAAUCGACAUUAAACUGAACGAAAAAAAAAAAGAUAAAAAGCAAGAAGAGGAGAAGUUGAUGGACCACCCGCCUCCAGGUCACUCACCUGCAGUACAAGCGAUAAUUAACAAUCAGUCUCUACUGUAUGAGCGAGAAGAAACUGCAAGGCGGGAAUCACAAAUUUUAGAUUCGUUAGAAAACGUUAGAGUUGUUUUUAAUGAAAAAGAACUCAAUGGAACAUUUCGUUAUCUUGCUGAUGGAUUUGUCACCAAGUUGCAGUGUAAUUCACUUAUAAAAUUAGCUCAGAUGGCUGCAGUCGUAGGCGAUGGAUAUGAAAAUAAUAAAAGCCCGCAUUCAAAGUACGAACUCUUUGAAGGACUAACUGUCGGAAGAGCAGCUUUGAUGGUUUACUUCGGUCUGUUGACUCCAGACUACUUAGAAUUAUUCCUAAAGUCAUCAGAAAAAGCUCGCAGUCAUGUGGAAAGGUAUUUCAAUCUUCACCAACACCUGUACUUUACUUACACUCACCUGGUCUGCCGUUCAGCUCUUCCCGGUUCGCCAGUAAACCAGCAAGUAUUCAGCCACGAUAUCCACGCAGACAACUGCCUGGCGAUUAAAGAAGGCGUCUGUCUGCACGAGAGUCCAGCAUACACCUGGCGAGAUUACUCUGCAAUCGUUUACCUGAACGACGACUUUGAAGGCGGAGAAUUCAUCUUCGCAGCGGACCCCAAGGCGAGGAACAUUCAGAGUGUCGUCGAUCCGCACUGCGGCCGCAUGGUAGCGUUUUCUGGAGACGAGAAAAAUUUACACGGCGUGAAAGGGGUUCACAGAGGCCAGAGAUGCGCUCUUGCUCUUUGGUUCACGCUAGAUAAGAGGUACGACGAGCUAGAGAGGAAAUUAGCUUGGAUUAUUUUGGACAGAGUUAAAUUGAAAGGUCCUGUGAGUGUUGAUGUUCAAAAUAUGAGUAUUCCUCUGAAUUAUGAUGAGUUACUCAGCAAACGAUUUAAAGAAGAUGAUUUGUUAAAACUUUUAUUACAAAUUUCUAGACAUUAAGUCUUGUACUUCUUCUUUUUUGCAGUAUUUUUUUGGUUGUUGAUUUUUAUUUAGAAUUUUAUUUUUUAAAGCCAGUAUACAGAUUUCUUU